CUGGGAUUACACUGAGUAAAUAGCCCAGCAGGAUUAAGUGGUGAUUUAUUAACUGGUUUAAUUUCAUAGACUAAUAAGCCCUUUUCUCAAAAUGAGGACUUUGGGAGGCAAUUUCUCUGGACUGUAAUACCAUGUCUUGGAUUGUAAAGUAAUUAAAAACAAAUGCGCUGACGAGGCGGGUUAAUAUGGGCAACGACUAAGAAUAUAGUUAUGGGAACAACCGGAAAAUAAAGACACAACCUAGAUGGCGAGACAAUUGAAUCACGAUGAUAAGCGCCGGGUGCUUAACCGAGCACAUAGUUACCUGGUUCAAAACAUGUCGCUGACAGCAGAGGUUCUUACACACAUGCGUGACAAAGGACUCAUUACAGAAAAUGACCACAAGGACAUUUCGGAUUUUCAAACAGAGACAAUGCGGAACCGUAUAUUGCUGAGUAAAGUGUCCAAGCAGGAGAAGGGUGGCGAGGGCGGGUAUGACCUGUUAAAAUCGUGUCUAAGGGAAAUGGGGCACGCCCAGUGUGCUGAGUUGAUGGAGGAAAAGGAGAGGGAGCUACUGACAGAAUCGUUUGGCCUGCGUAGAACAGAGGUUGUCCGGUUAUCGACCGAUGAAAAGGCGUCAGUGACGAAAUGUCUUCAUGACGGUCGGUUGUUGGAGAUGACGCAGGCACAUAUCGAUGUCCUGAAGUUCAGCUGUUUUAAUACGACCACUGGCGGAGGUUUCGGAAAGGUGUAUAUUUGUAACGGAGAAUGCAUAGGUGUUGACAAGACUCAGUUUGUUUUGAAAGAAAUUGUCUAUUCGGAGAAAUAUGGGGAAUUAGCUACCAGAUCUAUUGCGAAUGAGAAGAUUGCAUCCAGAUUGAUGCACUUCGCUAUUGUCCCAUUGAUUGCACAUUUUGAAGACAGCAGAAUGUGGCGGUCCUAUUUUCUUUCACCAUAUCUAAACAAUGGUAGCUUGUUUGACGCUCUCAAAUGUAUAAGGUCCAAGAAGGAUACCAUUCUGUCUGUGCAGGGUAACAGAAAAAAGGUUCUGUUACACAUUGCUUCAGCUAUUGCAUACCUUCAUUCGGAAGUAAAGAAUUUUAGGAGUUCAGUUCUGCAUAUGGAUAUCAAGUCAAAUAACAUUGUUCUUGAUGGCGAGUGCAAUGCGCGGCUUAUCGAUUUCGGCUUUGCCAGAGAACUGAAAGAAGGAACAACAUCAUUGGAAACCAAGGUGUACAACUACAGCGAUGGGUAUUUCCCAUCCCAUUUCCCUAAAGAAGACAGCACGAAGCCCACUAUGCGUCACGAUGUCUACAACUUUGGAGUUGUAAUUCGAGAAGUAGUGACAGCUCUCCCCCCACUAUUUCUGUCUGGAGAAGAAAAAGUCACGCCUACGCUUCGAGACGAGCUUAAAUUUAGUAUUUCUGAGUUCGUGUUAAAACCCAAUGAUGUAGCCAAAGACAUUUGGAAGGUUUCAAAAAAAUGCAUAAGUGAUGAAUUCAGUCCAUCAAAAGAAAUUCACAUCAAACUAGAGAACAUAACACGACAGCACAUGAGCUCUUUCAAAAGAUGGAGUCCAGCACAGACUAGGCCACCAAAGUGUGAAAUCUGCCUUGUCAAUCCGUUCGAAGAAUCGGGAUGCAGGUACUUGAAACAUUCCAAAUCCUGCAGGGAAAAUAUCAAGGUUUGCAUCGCGUGUAUGCGGAACUCGUACUUCAACCCGAUCAAGUGUCAUUCCUGCGAUAAAGAAAGGAUCGAUCCGUUCAUCGGUGUAGGUUGGGGUGCUGUUUUCGUCGCAGGGUAUGACAGCAAUCCAGAAAUUGCUGAAGUUUUUAAAAAAGAUGUUGAGGAAAUGCGCUCUUGUAUGACAUCUGUUAGCCUGCCGGUCAUGUGCAUAAGCGAAGAAAAUACUGCAGUUAUCGAACCCAAUUCUGGUGGAAAUGCAACACCUGAAAAUGAAUGUCUCGAACGAACAGCGAUCGAAAAUGCUCUCAAACGUAUUGUUGAUAAUGACAUUGAGACAUUGGUAUUUUACUACUCCGGCCAUCAUGGAGACAGCGGCUUUCGUUUGAAUGAUAAAACGACUAUGACAAUUGACGAAAUCGGUGAUUCAAUUUCAGACAUAUUUAAUGAACAACAAAUGACAAAAGAGAGAGAGGAAAACACCGUAAGGACGCUAAGAGUACUAUUGUUUUUAGACUGCUGCAUGCCAGGCGAAUUGAAAACUAAAGGCAACCAGAAUAUCAAUAUUAUUCAGUUUAAUGCCUGUGCGGAUACGGAAGAAGCAAUAGUUGAAAAGAAAGAGAGUAUUUUCACCAAGUUUGUCAUCCAGGCUUUUACAAAGAAAGCCUCAGCUAAAAAGUGCUUGAACGAAGUAUGUAGUAACCAAAUGGAGUGCGGAAUCGAGGGAAAUUUUGUAACGAUGGAUGCUCUGCUGCAAUAUGUGAACAAACACGUUUCUGAUGCCGUUGUUGGGAGAAAAUCAAGCACUCAGGUCAUAGCAAGGGGAGCGUUUGAUCCGAAAGACGUUAUCAUUGGCUACAACUACGACUUCAAGAUGGAAUUUGCUUUUACACCAUACGGUAAUGUUAGUGGAGAGAGAAAGAAGCUGAAAACAGUUACGUUAAAACCAGACGACUUCAAAACCAUUGCAGAAGCAAAGGAAAAAAUUGCUCGCCAUGCUACAGAUGUGUUUCCGAGAGAAUUGACGCUAAAGCAAGUUAUUCCCGACUUGCUAAGUAUCGAAAUAUCGACGGGACCAAGACGUACACAGAAGGAAGAAGUGUGUACCAUGGAACAACUUCUGUCUGCGUGGAAUGGUAAAAGGCAACUUGAAGUGAUACAGAGGGGCAUUGAAGACAUCGCUCCUGAUAAGCCUGUUGGCGUUGUUGUACAGAAUGGAGAAUCACUGAGGGAUAAUUUAAUUCGAUUGGUAAAGGAGAACAAACUGAAAGCGUCCAUUUCUGAGCAAAUCGAUGCUGCGUCACCAGAAAACUGGACUAGUUUCGCGGUCAAGGGUGAGGAUGUAAAAGAAUCGAUGAAAACAUUGCCAUCUGGCUUUGAAGCUUUCUUCCAAGCGAUGAGGAAAAUUUGUGAGAUUCAGCCGGAUCGUCGAUGGACACGGGUGCUUUGGAAGUUCCGAAAGGAUGGCCACUGGCAACCAAUCGUCAUCUUAGAAGUUGAACUUGGACAAUGAUAACGCCUGGAGUUAUUUUAUGUGAACGUUGGAAUGUAUAAUUUGAAAAGUUCAAUGGUUGUGUGUAUCUGAAUGCAGGGUGACUGAAAUGAUAAGAUACACUUCAAAUAUAAAUAAACACGUGUAUGUGUGGAAAGCGACUGUGUCGUCAUGUAUGUGAAGAUUUAGAAUGCAAAAUAUACUGUGUAGUUAACAACAGGCAAGUUAAUUUUGAAACUUAAUUGUAAUCGACGGCAUGUCUCCUUUGCUAAGUUUUUUGCUCGCAUACAUAACUAUUUGAGUUAAGGGUUUUGUAAUACUAUAAGUUGAAUUUAGAUGAUGUAUGUAUGUAUGUAUGUGUGUGUGUGUGUGUGUGUGUGUGUGUGUGUGUGUGUGUCCAGUGUUUGGUUCGAUAGAGUUGCAUAACGUCAACACAUUUUGUGGAUGUAUCUAUUCCAUCCUAAUCAUUUCGCCAUGAAAACAAUUAUUAUACAAUCACGCAGAGCAAUAUGUGAACGGUGUAAGCGUUAAUAUUGUAUUUUUGCAUGCAACACAUGUUUUUAAACAGCUCGAUUUUAAACAUGUGUUGUAUUCAUUUCAAGAAAAUGGGUUGGGGGUUAGUAUUCUAGUUGCCCGUCUCUCUUUAUACACUAUACAAUCCCUCUACUUGUACAUGUUAACUUUGUUUGUUGAUAUUGUUGAUUUGUAUCUUCGAAGUUAAUACUUUCGAUAUUCUACAGUAAACCAAUCGAAACUACAUGGACAAGCCCAAUAGCCUAAAUUUAACCAAGAUCCUACUGAAAGUAAUAACGACCAAGAACAAACAAACACCAAACAAUAGUCAACAACUAGCAUUACACAACUAUCAAAAUAUCGCCUUGAAACGGUCUGUUAAAUCUUAAUAAGAACUCACUUGGAUUAAAACCGCUUUGUAAACCACUCAACCUCACAUUUGCCCACACAGUUAUCAACAGAGUGUUAACCUGAAUUCAUCUUAUAACUUGUAUUGGAAUUGUAGCACACAAAUCCACUAAUUCAUUUAGUAUGAUGAAUUGUAUGAAACAAAUAUUUCUAUGAUUAGUAUAGUUUUGUUAACAUGAUCUAUUGUUAAUAUCAAAUUAUAAAUUAUCAAAGUUUA